AAGUUAUACCACAAUUUAUUAUAAAAUAGAAUAAAAACCAAAAAAUUGUUUCUAUAAGAGUUUAAGAAAGGUUUAUUCCCGUGGAGACUCACUCAAAAACCCAGGGUUUGGGUUUCUUCUUCUUGCCUCGCUUCUCAGCCACCGACCUCAGCGAAGAUGCCGUCGCACAAGAGUUUCAUGAUCAAGAAGAAGCUGGCCAAGAAGAUGCGCCAGAACAGGCCGAUUCCUCACUGGAUCCGGUUGAGGACCGACAAUACCAUUAGAUACAAUGCCAAGCGCAGACACUGGCGCCGCACCAAGCUCGGAUUCUAAGGUGGAUGGCCUUUCAAUUUUAAGUCUAUUUUCGUGCUUAGUUCUUUUGGAGAAGAAAGAUAUGGAAAUGUUUAUCUAGUUAAAGGGUUAACUCCAGUGGAGUCCCUUAGCACAAUUUUGGUCAUGCUGAUGUUUGUUUUACAGCUUAUUUGAUAAUUGAAGUUUUAGGAUUUGACAUAUAUUUGUCUUAAUGUGAAAUUUAUGCUCUUGUUUUGACACA